GGAUGAUCUGACGGGAGUACCACACAUCGAGGCCGGUUUAAUGUCAUCAAGAAUUUUCAUAGAUAGCCAAUUAAAAAAACUCGGUGUACAGUAUAAGUGUAGUGCAAUAGCGAGUAGGGCAAAUACGGAUAUUGCUAAUUUGUAUUUAUGGCGACUGGGAAUGAACAGAAAAUUGCGAAUAGGCUUUCAUGGAGGCUAAUAGGCCCAGCCUCGGAGCUUUCCAAGAAGCAAUGCCGCUUGAUGUUCUCCUCCGUCGGCUGCGAGUCAGACGUUUGCCUGUUUUAUGUAAAGGGGGAAUUCUUCGCUAUGGAUGCUCGCUGCGCUCAUUCAGGUGGUCCACUGUGUGAUGGUGACAUUGAGGACACACAUGGUGUUCUGCAGGUCUUUUGCCCUUGGCAUGACUAUGACUUCAACCUCAGGACAGGACUAUCAGGGACUGGCUUACAACAACAAGUGUACGAAGUCAAGCUGGAGGAUGGCAGUGUGUAUGUGAGGCACGCAAGCCCUCUCUCAUUACAGCCCCCCUCAUCAGACCACAAGAGCAAAGCUGCUGUCUAAAACCUGAAGCUUUUCAUGGACUAUCCGUAUGGAAUUGCCAGUUGCAAUCCUGGCAGUUUUUUAAAGAUUUCUUCUACACACCUAAAACAUCUGAGACAUUCCAACGUAUUUAUGAUUGUGGCAGACCUUUUUCCUGUCUGACGUGGUGAUGUUGUACUUGGGGUCAUUAUCAAGAGGACUGUCUGAAGGGAAGUCAUAUGAUCUUAAUGUAGGAGUGUUUUUUUGUUGGGGACACUGGGACGGUAGCCAUCCAUAGGCUGUAAAAUAGAGAAGAGUUAGAAGGCUAAUCUUGAUUUUGCGAUCAUGCAUUCCACAGACAGUACGUAUUAGCCACUGUUCAACGUUUUAUCCCCUCGCCAGUCCCAACCCAAUACAUUCCAAAUCCUCGGUGUAACUGGCUAGGGGAACCUGCCAAGGUAUAAGCACAUUUUAUAUUUAAAAAUGUUAUUUUAGAUUUUAAAAUCUGACUGUUGCUUUAAGGACAGAUGGAAAUAUAGAUGUGUCGAAGAGUGUCAACAGCUUGUCCGCACACCUUCAAAUGUACUUCUGUAAGAUAAGGAAACAAUUAAUGACAACAGACAAGCACAGUCCCACCAAAAAGUCAUGAGAUAUCCUAAAUCCUAAAUUCUAACUUCUCUCUUCCAAGAGUUUUAUUAUUUUACCUCAGCCAUUUAAUGGCUAAACACUCUCCACUGUCUGACCUCACCAAAGUGUUCACCACAUACAUUUCAUCAAUGCCUUUCAUUAACCUCUAACAUUCUCCCACAAACAAAAGGCAACUAAAGCGAUAAACAGUAUCUGCAUAGUUACUGCUACAGUAAAAAGCCAUUGCUUUGCCUGAGGUUGUAAGGUUGUGUGGUUUUGAAUGAUCAGAAGCAGAGGCAUUGCUAGGAUCACAAUACAUUCGGGGAUUAUCAACCCCC